AUGAUGUGCGAGGUGAUGCCCACCAUCUCUGAGGAUGGGCGUGGCGGGAGUGGGGGAGGGCCUUCCUCUCCGGGAGGGAGUGGCGGGGGAAUGGGAGGCGGUAUGGGGGGUAUGGGGGGUGGGUACGGGGGCAGAGGAGAGCCCCGGGGCGGAGGUGACGAGGGGGGCAGCACAGGGAAUCUGGAGUCUCUGAUGGUGAACAUGCUGACGGAGAGGGAGAGGCUGCUGGACAGCCUGAGGGAGACCCAGGACAGUCUGGGGACAGCCCAGCUUCGACUCCGAGACCUGGGCCAUGAGAAGGACUCCCUCUCGAGACAGCUGUCCAUCGCCCUACCACAGGAGUUUGCAGUGCUGACCAAAGAGCUGAAUGUCUGCCGGGAGCAGCUGCUGGAGAGAGAGGAGGAGAUAGCAGAACUCAAGGCAGAGAGGAACAACACACGGCUGCUGCUGGAGCAUCUGGAGUGCCUGGUGUCUCGUCAUGAGCGCAGUCUGAGGAUGACAGUGGUGAAGAGGCAGGCCCAGUCUCCUGCCGGGGUCUCCAGCGAGGUGGAGGUCCUCAAGGCCCUCAAGUCCCUGUUCGAACACCACAAAGCCCUGGACGAGAAGGUGCGAGAGAGGUUACGUGUGGCUCUGGAGCGAGUGACUGUUUUAGAGGAAGAGCUGGAGUCCUCCUCAAAUGAGUGCCAUUCUCUACGAGACCAAAUCAAAAGACGCCAACAAGGCUUAGAAAAUGGGAAAGAGCAGCUGCCCAAUGGACCCUCUUCCAUCCUGGAGGAUGGAGAGAUUGACAGAGAGAAACAGAGAGAAACAGAGAUAGAGCGGCAGAGAGCAGAGCUGGCCCAGCUGAAAGAAAGACUGGCCCUCAUGUGCAGACAGGUUGGGGAGAUCGAGGAACAGCUGACUGCAGCUAGGAGGGAGGUGACCAAGUCAGAGGAAGCCAAUCAGAAACUGCAGAGGGAUGUGAAAGAGGCUCUUUGUCAGAGAGAGGACAUGGAGGAGAGAAUAACUACUUUAGAACGCAGGUACCUAAGUGCCCAGAGGGAGGCGACGUCUCUCCACGACAUUAAAGACAGGCUGGAGAAUGACCUGGCCAGUAAAGACUCCCUCUACAGGCAGAGUGAGGAGAAGAACAGGCAGCUCCAGGAGCGUCUAGACGAUGCCAAGCAGAAGCUGCAGCAGACCCUGCAGAGGGCCGAGACGCUGCCUGAGAUAGAGGCCCAGCUCGCCCAGAGAGUGGCUGCACUCAACAAGGCUGAGGAGCGUCAUGGUAACUUUGAGGAGCGACUGCGACAGAUGGAGGCGCAACUAGAGGAGAAGAAUCAGGAGUUACAGAGGGCGAGGCAGAGGGAGAGGAUGAAUGAUGAACACAACAAGCGUCUGUCUGACACGGUGGACAAGCUGCUGUCUGAGUCUAACGAAAGGCUUCAGCUCCAUCUCAAGGAGAGGAUGGCUGCCCUGGAGGACAAGAAUGCUCUCUCUGAGGAACUUUCUAACAUGAAGAAGAUCCAGGACGACCUUCUAGCAAACAAGGACCAGCUGAUAGCCGAGCUGGAGAGGAUUCAGCUGGAGUUGGACCAGCUCAGACUGAGACCCGGCGGGUCCUGCUAUUCCAGGUCUCUCCCAGGCAGUGCUCUGGAGCUGAGGUACUCCCACGGGGGCGGCUCCCUCCCCACGGGCUCCACCGCUCACCUGGAUCACUACGGUAACGCCAACACCGUGGCCGUGGUCAGGCGGACUCACCGCGGGCGCUGGAGCACAGCCCGGGAAGACACCAGCAAGUACGGGGACUGGGACAGUGGGUCAGCGCUGCUGAGGACCGGGUUUGAGGGGGGUGUGGACCACGGUUGCUCUGACGAUGAGGACGACAGAGAGACACUGUUUGGCUCGGAGCUGUUGUCUCCCAGCGGACAGACUGACGUCCAGACACUGGCCAUCAUGCUGCAGGAACAACUAGAGGCAAUCAACAAGGAGAUCAAGUUGAUCCAGGAAGAGAAGGAGAGUACAGAGUUGCGGGCGGAGGAGAUCGAGAGCAGGGUUAGCAGUGUGGCUCUGGACGGUUCCCCCAUCCCACCCUCCUCCCUGGGGAGGGACAGUAUGGGGCGCGGCUUCAUCCCUCAGUCCCUCACCUCCUCCACCCUGGCCUCCCCUUCUCCCCCCAGUUCUGGGGUCUCCACCCCUCGCCUGUCCCACUCCCCUCACCGCGAGACAGAUAGACAGAACAACAAAGAGGAUGAUCGGUCCCUUGCCCUUCUUGACUCCACCCCUCCACCCACCCCCCGAGCGCUGCGACUAGACAGGAUGACCCUCACCCACCCAGGGGCCAUGAUGGACGACCCCAGGGAAUUCCGCAGUCUGUCAGCAGACGGCAGCAGUUCCAACAGCAGUCAGGACUCUCUCCACAAAGCCAGUAAAAAGAAAAGCAUCAAGUCUUCCAUCGGCCGCCUUUUUGGGAAGAAGGAAAAGGGAAGGAUGGGCCCGGCUGGGCGAGAGUCUGCCUCUCUGGCCUCUACGCCUUCUGAGGACCUGGGUACUGGGGAUUCUAUGGGACUGACCAAGGGAAGCAUGACAGGAACUGUUGACAACCGCCGCAGCAAAAGGAAACAUGAGCUGCUGGAGGAGGCGUGUCGUCAGGGUCUUCCCUUUGCAUCCUGGGAUGGACCCACUGUGGUCUCCUGGCUAGAGCUGUGGGUGGGAAUGCCAGCGUGGUACGUGGCAGCCUGUCGUGCCAACGUGAAGAGUGGCGCCAUCAUGGCCAACCUGUCUGACACAGAGAUCCAGAGGGAGAUUGGCAUCAGUAACCCCCUGCACCGCCUCAAACUGAGAUUGGCUAUCCAGGAGAUGGUGUCCCUCACCAGCCCAUCUGCCCCGGCCAGCAAUCGCUCUUCGACCAGUAACGUGUGGAUGACCCAUGCUGAGAUGGAGUCGUUAAACGCAGCCACCAAACCGGAGCUGAAAGAGAUUAGCUGGGAUCAGAUCCUGGCCUAUGGGGAUAUGAACCAUGAGUGGGUGGGUAAUGACUGGCUGCCCAGCCUGGGUCUGCCCCAGUACCGCUCCUACUUCAUGGAGUCCCUGGUGGACGCCCGCAUGCUGGACCACCUGACCAAGAAGGAGCUGAGGGGACAGCUCAAAAUGGUGGACAGCUUCCAUAGGGUUAGUUUGCAUUAUGGCAUAAUGUGUCUGAAGCGCUUGAACUACGACCGCAAAGAGCUAGAGAGGAGGAGAGAAGACAGCCAGCACCAGAACAAAGAUGUGAUGGUGUGGUCCAACGAGCGUGUGAUGUGCUGGGUGCAGAACAUCGGGCUGAAGGAGUACGCUGACAACCUGACAGAGAGCGGGGUCCAUGGGGCCCUCCUGGCUCUGGACGACACCUUCGACUACACCGACUUGGCCCUGCUGCUGCAGAUACCCAAUCAGAACACACAGGCCAGACAACUCCUAGAGAAGGAAUACAACUCCCUCAUCUCUAUGGGAACAGAGAGAAGACCAGAUGAGGAUGGGACUAAGACGUUCACCCGCUCCCCUUCCUGGAGGAAGAUGUUCAGGGAGAAGGACCUUAGGGGGGUGACCUCGGACUCAUCGGAGAACCUGCCUGCUAACUUCCGUGCCUCCGCCAUCUCCACGCCCUCCGUGACACUGAGAAAGGUUCAGAGUGACGUGAACUCUGGGCCUCGCGGUGAGGCAGCCUCAGUCAGGACAUACUCUUGCUGA